AUGAACAAGAUUCUUCUUAUAUUGUACUUCGUGUUUCACGUGACAAAAUUCUUAAAUUCUUCAGAUGUAGGAUCAAUGGACGAUUCAAUCACUAAAUUGUGCAGUACUCUUGCAGCCAAACCGGAUUCAGCUGUUAAUCUUAUUGAUCGAUUUCAAAAGUCAAUUAACGAACAUCAACAACAAAUGCAGCAACGUUUUCCAAACACAUAUACUCUUUCUCAUACACGUAGUACAUUUACAAAUCAAUUAUAUAUGAAACGAAAAAAACGUUAUUCAAUAAAUAAUGAUAGAAAUAAUUUUAAAAAUUCAUAUAUGACAAUUCAAAUGAAUCCAUUUUCAAAUUUAGAUGAUAUUAAACGUAUUCGAAAUGGAACAACAAUAUUAUUAGAAGAUGAUGAAGAAUUAAUGAAAUCUGAAAUUUCAUUAAAAUUUUAUGAAAAUAAUGCAAUUGAAUUACGUUUAGAACAAGAUUUUGAUUCUGACAACGAUACAAAUGACAAUUAA